UAUUUUCAUAAAUUUCUCCAAUUUUGCAAAACAACCCCUCACUUUACCAGCUCCAAUCCUUCUUCUUAAUUGCAUUCCCUCCGCGCAAUCCCCAAUCCACCUCUCCUCAACCCACAAUGAUUUUCUCUCGCCGGAAAUACUCCUCCUUCCUCACCGCCGAGGUGCUCGCUGGAAAACAUUCUUCCGCCGCCACCGGCGUCCGGCAGCACAACAAACUCUCCAUCUUCGCAAUCGUCCUCUCCGUCAUUCUCUUCGCCGCUUUCAUCUACAACGAUGACCUUAAAUCCAUCGCCGAAUUCCCCUUUCCGGCCAAACCUCCCUCUGAUUCUCCCCUCCCCCUUCUCCUCGACACCACUGAAGAAUCUAAUCGGAGCAUCGGAUCCAUGGAUCCGAUCACCAAAAACCCUAACUGGUGUGAAGAGGAGCAGAAGGAGAAGAGGAAGGCACCGAGAUUGAAGGAGGGGAGCCAAGACGACAGGGCGUGGGUUUUGGAUAAAACGGUGGUGAGAAUAGCGGAGGGGUGUGAUGUCUACGCGGGGAAGUGGGUGUACGACAAUGACACGCGGCCGAAUUAUAGGGAGGAGGCGUGCGAGUUUCUGACGGAGCAGGUUACUUGUAUGCGGAACGGUCGCAUGGAUGAUGCGUAUCAGAAGUGGAGAUGGCAGCCUAGAGAUUGUUCCCUACCCGAGUUUGAUGCAAGGGUGAUGCUGGAGAGAUUGAGAGGGAAGAGGCUGAUGUUUGUGGGGGAUUCGCUGAACCGGAAUCAAUGGGAGUCUAUGGUGUGUCUUGUACAAUCUGUCAUCCCUCCGGGCAAGAAAACCCUACUCAAGAACGGUUCACUCAACACUUUCAGAGCAGAGGAGUAUGAUGCCACAGUAGAGUUCUACUGGGCGCCAUUUUUAGUGGAGUCAAACUCAGAUGACCCAAAGAAGCACAGCAUACUUGAAAGAAUCAUCAUGGCAGAGUCAAUAGAGGAGCAUGGGAAGAACUGGAAGGGCGUUGACUUUCUCAUCUUCAACACAUACAUUUGGUGGAUGAAUACCUUCACCAUGAAAGUCUUGAGGGGAUCGUUUGAAGAAGGGUCAACGGAGUACGAGGAGGUUGACCGAGCGGUGGCAUAUGAGAAAGUGUUAAGGGCUUGGGCGAAGUGGGUUGAUGAGAAUUUGGAUGCUAAGAGGACUAUGAUAUUCUUUAUGAGCAUGUCCCCUCUCCAUAUCAAGAGCGAGGACUGGGGAAACCCUAACGGCAUAAAAUGCGCCUCCGAGUGGCGUUCCCCCCGUGGGCGGCAGCCGCCGCUGGACGUGGGAACCGAUUGGAGGCUAUUCUACGCGGCGGCGCGGGUGAUAAGCUCCAUGAAGACGGCGGUGACCUUCGUUAACAUCACCGCCCUCUCGGAGCUCCGAAAGGACGGCCAUACUUCCGUUCACACGAUACGACAGGGGAAGCUGUUGACCGCAGAACAGAAAGCCGAUCCCCGGAACUACGCCGACUGUAUUCAUUGGUGUCUGCCGGGGCUUCCUGAUGCGUGGAACCAGUUUGUGUAUGGGUAUAUUGCUUCGGGGACGAUGAGUGGCUGACUCGUAAUUUUUUUCAACUCUUUUUUUUUUUUUUUUUUUGAGGGAUGAUGAGGGGAAGAGAUGAAGGAGAAAGGGUGAUUAAGAAAAAUGGUUGGAUUUGUUUUAGUGUUGAGUAAUAUAAAAGGAAUUAAUUGAAGGAAGAUUUUUAUAUAUUUAGAUUGAGUUAUGUGAGCC